GAGCUGGGGCAGGUAUCUGCGUCCUUGCUGCCUGUUCCCACUGGUUUAUCGGGAUCGCCAAACUCCACCACCAGAAGCAACAGUGUACUCAGGACCCGGACGAUCAAGAAUCUAUUCAGCACUAACAAAUAAAGUCGCAGCUUAUUAAUGAAAGUCAUAUUUUCUCUAGCUGAAUUAUUUUAUUUUCCGCUCUGCUUACGGAUAAUGGGAUUUUAACCAUGCGGCAGAUAGCUGACCAGCUGCCCUGCAUUUCGCUGACGAAGUCACUGUCUUCCGCCUGAAGAUGGAAACGUUGGAGUCGGAGCUGACCUGCCCAAUCUGCCUGGAGCUCUUCGAGGACCCUCUGCUGCUGCCCUGUGCUCACAGCCUGUGUUUCAGCUGCGCCCACCGCAUCCUGGCCUCCCACUGCACCUCCAGCGAGCCCGUGGAGUCCGUCCACGCCUUCCAGUGCCCCACUUGCCGGUAUGUCAUCACCCUCAACCAGAAGGGCCUCGAGGGACUGAAACGCAACGUCACCCUGCAGAACAUCAUCGACCGCUUUCAGAAGGCCUCUGUGAGUGGGCCCAAUUCCCCCAGCGAGACGCGGCGUGAGCGCGCCUUCGAGGACACCACCAUGACGUCGCCCGGUGAGACAGUGCAGUGCCAGUUCUGCGAGCAGGACCCACCGCAGGACGCAGUCAAGACCUGCGUCACCUGCGAGGUGUCCUACUGCGAAGAGUGCCUGAAGGCCACACACCCCAACAAGAAGCCAUUCACCAGCCACCGGCUGAUCGAGCCCAUGCCCGACUCACACUUGCGCGGCCUGCUGUGCCUCGAGCACGGGGAUGAGAAGGUCAACAUGUACUGCGUGACCGAUGAGCAGCUCAUCUGCGCCCUGUGCAAGCUGGUGGGGCGACACCGCGACCAUCAAGUGGCAGCACUCAGCGAGCGAUACGAGAAGCUGAAGCAAGCGCUGGACUCCAACCUCAGCAGUUUAAUCAAGAGGAACAAUGAACUUGAAAAUCUCAUGGGCAAGUUAAUCCAAACGUGCCAGAAUGUGGAGGUAAAUGCUUCAAGGCAGGAGAGCAAGCUGAUUGAAGAAUGCGAUGUUCUGAUUGACGUCAUUCAGCAGAGACGGCAAAUAAUUGGGGCAAAAAUCAAAGAAGGCAAGGUGGCAAGGCUGCGCAAACUGGCCCAGCAGAUCGCCGGCUGCAAGCAGUGCAUCGAGAGAUCCUCUUCGCUCAUUGCUCAGGCAGACCAGACCCUCAAAGAGACUGACCACGCCCGCUUCCUGCAGACAGCCAGAAGCAUCUCUGAGAGGGUAUGCGUGGCAAUGACGUCGUCUCAGGUUCUGAUACCAGAAAUUAACCUGAAUGACACGUUUGAUACAUUUGCGCUGGACUUUUCCCGGGAGAAGAAGAUGCUGGAGUGUCUGGAUUACCUUACAGCUCCGAAUCCUCCUGGAAUCCGGGAGGAGCUUUGCACUGCAUCGUAUGACACUAUCACUGUCCACUGGACAUCGGACGACGAGUUCAGCGUGGUCUCCUAUGAGCUUCAGUACGCCAUUUUCACAGGACAGGCCAACAUCAUUAGCUUGUGCAGCUCUGCCGACAGCUGGAUGAUCGUGCCCAACAUCAAGCAGAACCACUACACGGUGCACGGCCUGCAGAGUGGCACCAAGUACAUCUUCAUCGUCAAAGCCAUCAACCAGGCGGGCAGUCGCAGCAGUGAACCGGGCACUCUGAAGACCAACAGUGAGUGAGAUCGCUCGCUUCUGUCUGGAGGACAAGCACACGCCACAGACUGGAACACAGUCCAGAGCUCUGUUACAUGUCU